AUGUCAUCCUGGUUCAAACAUAAUUAUGAUGAAAACAGCGAUGAAGAAGAGAAUAUUAUAGUUCGGUUCGCCGACUAUGAGACCUUUAAGUCUUAUGUAUUAAAUAAAUAUGAUAAAACACAUAAAUUAUACAAUUGUCAAACGGAUAAUAUAUAUUUUUAUACAGUUAAAUGGAUUACUUUUAUAAAUAGGAAAGUUCCAAUUUUACUUCAAAAUCAAAAUGGGCCAUGCCCUCUAUUAUGUAUAGCUAAUAUACUAUUAUUACGAAAUCAAUUACAUAUAGAUAAAAAAAUAAAAAAAAUAUCUCAAAAAGUAUUAGAAGACAAGAUAAUAAGUAUAUUAUUGGAAUCAAAUAAAAAAAAUGUAAUAAAUAAUAGUGCUUCAUGUAAUUAUAGAAAAAAUAUAAUUGAGUGUAUAGAUAUAUUACCACAAUUAAAAUAUGGAUUAGAUGUAAAUUGUAAAUUUACAGAUAUCCAAUCAUUUGAAUAUACUAAAGGAUUAUGUAUAUUUGAUAUGUUAAAUAUUCCACUAUAUCAUGGCUGGGUAAUAUCAGCUGAUGAUAAAAUGUUUUAUCCUUAUUUAAAGGAUUAUUCAUAUAAUGUUAUUAUAAAUAAAGUUAUUAAAUAUAAUGAAUAUUAUGAAAAAAAAAAAAGAGCUAUGACUGCAGAAGAAUCAUCAAAUGAACAAUUGAUAAUUAUGUCACAGGCUCUAAAUUUAUAUUUUGAAAGUGAUGAUGGAGGCAAUUGUGAUCCUCCAAAAAAAAUAGAAGAAAAAAAGAAUAUCCAUAUAAAUGAUAUGACUAUUUCAAAAGCUAAUUCAAAUGCAAGUAAAAAAUUAGAAUUUAAAACACAUGAACAUAUAAAUACAAUGCCUAUUGAAAGCUCUAAUUCAAGUUUUAACAUAAAAACUUCUAGCAACAUAAAUAACAAAGUAACAAAAUCCCAAAGCACUAGCAUACCAAUAUUCCCUGAUGAUUUGGAUAAAAAUAUUGACGAUAAUUUUAAAACAAAUAUGGGUCAAAAUUCGGUUCUUAAUUUAGGUAACUAUAAUGUUGAUCAUGACCCUUGGGAAGAUACGGGCAAAACGGAGUUCAAUAGAAAAUUUAUGAAUACCAAUCAAAAUUCAUAUAACAAUGAAAUAGGAACAAUUAAUAAUAAUUGUAAUAUAGGCAAUAAUAAAAGUAAUGCAAAUCAAAAUUCUGCUAACAAUAAUAAUGAUAAUUCUCAUGGAAAAAAAAAUACUAUUAUCCCGGUUUUUUUGAAAAGGGACAAAACAAAUAGUAAAGGUGAUAAAACAGAAAUAGUUAAUCCAGAAUGGAUAACUAAAGCUGGAGAUGUAUUAAAAAAAAAAAAAGAAUCUUUAUCACUUUUAUUUUCGUCCCCAUUACAUAAAAAAACUAAAAGUAAGGAUAAGCAAGCCACAAAUGAUAGUGAAAAUGUAAAUACAGAAAUUCAAAAUGGAGAUAUAAAACGUCCUUUAAAAAUAGAAUAUAUUGAUAGUGAAGAAAAUAAAAUAAAUACCCCUAAAUUUCCAGAUGAUAUUAUAUCCGCUAGUGAUAAUUUUAAAUCGAAUAUUUUAGAUACUAGCGUAAAUAAUAAUGAUACAAAUUAUGAGAUAUUUGGAAAAGGGGAUAGAAACAAAAAUUCAAUUAGUAAAGUGCAUUCUGAAAAUAUUAUAGAUAAUGAUAAUAAAUAUAAAGAGCAUAUAAUUAUAAAUAAUUAUAAUACUAAUGUCAAUUUAACGCCACACGAAUUUCAUGAAGCAUUAAUUAUACUUGAAUUUUUAGAAGUUUAUAAAAGCCAAUUAACAUUAGUUGGCUUGAAGUUAUUACAAGAAAAUUUAAAUGCUAACCAGCUAGUAGCAUUUUUUAGAAAUAAUCAUUUUAAUACUCUUUUUAAAUAUAACAAUAAAUUAUUUUUAUUAAUUGGAGAUAUUUCUUUUUUGCAUUUAAGAUGCACAUGGGAAUUAUUUGAUAGUGUAACUAAUGACACUACUUAUUGUGAUAAUGAUUUUAAAUGUAUAACAGGCGAUAAUAUGUCAAAUUUUUUCAAUCAGCAUAUAUCAAUUUUAAACAUUGAUGAAAACAUGAAUAAUUUGAAAGCAGAUGGGCAAAUUCCAAAUGGAUAUUCAUCCUAUUUAAAUAAUAAAAAAAAAAAAAAAAAAUGUACAAUCAUGUAG